CUUCCGCCCCCCCCCUCACCCCACCCCGUUUCGACAAUCUUUCGGACCGCGAAAGUUGAUGGAUUUUCUCGGAGGAUUUCUUGUUCCCGUCGCUCGCUGCGGAUGAGUUGGGCUCGCUGUGCAGGAAUGGCACGCUAAAAGUCAGCACCAACUCCUUCCCCCCCUCCCCCUGUUCUUUUUCCUCCUCUUGUUCCUUUUCUUCUUCUUCUUCUCCUCCGACUCGUCAUGUAUUCUCCAAUUUGUCUCACUCAGGAUGAGUUCCAUCCCUUCAUCGAGGCCCUCCUCCCGCACGUCCGCGCCAUCGCCUACACGUGGUUCAACCUGCAGGCCCGCAAGCGCAAGUACUUCAAGAAGCACGAGAAGCGGAUGUCCAAGGACGAGGAGCGCGCCGUCAAGGACGAGCUCCUGAGCGAGAAGGCCGAGGUCAAGCAGAAGUGGGCCUCGCGGCUGCUGGCCAAGCUGCGCAAGGACAUCCGGCAGGAGUACCGGGAGGACUUCGUCCUCAGCGUGACGGGCAAGAAGCACCCGUGCUGCGUGCUGUCCAACCCGGACCAGAAGGGCAAGAUCCGCCGCAUCGACUGCUUGCGGCAGGCCGACAAAGUCUGGCGCCUGGACCUGGUCAUGGUCAUCCUCUUCAAGGGCAUCCCUCUGGAAAGUACGGACGGCGAGCGCCUGGUCAAGUCGCCGCACUGCACCAACCCCGCACUUUGCGUCCAGCCGCACCACAUCACCGUCUCGGUCAAGGAGCUGGACUUGUUCCUGGCCUACUACGUCCAGGACCAAGACUCCCAACAGUCAGGAAGUCCAAGUAACAAUGAGCCAGGCAAGAACCCUCUUCCAGUCUAUUUGGAAGACAGCUUCAUCAAGUCGGGAGUGUUCAGCGUUGCGGAACUGGUGCGAGUGUCCAGAAUGCCCAUUACCCACGGGGCGCCGGUCAACUUCUCCAUGGCGGACAUGCCCGGUCAGCCUUACUACCACGACCUGAACUCCGGCGUGGGGAUGCAUCGCUCCCUGUCCUCCCCUCCCGGCAGCAAAAGGCCCAAAACCGUCAACAUGGAGGAGAACAUGGACACCAGCCCGACGGGACCCGACUUCUACUCGUCGCCCAGCUCGCCGGCCAGCAGCCGCGCAAACUGGCACGACCGAGAUGGAGCAGACAUGUCGUCACCUACCAUGAAGAAGCCAGAGAAGCCCAUGUUCAGCCCCACCUCCCCGCAGGAGUCCUCGCCACGAAUCAGCACUUUUCCUCAGCCUCACCACCCGGGCCUGGCGGGCGUAGGACACAGUGUUAUAUCGACGAGGAGCCCUCCCCCGCACUCGCCGCUGCAGUUCUCCGCCUCGGCCAUCCUGCCCCCCGCGCCGUCGUCCUACUUCCCGCACACCACCAUCCGUUACCCGCCCCACCUCAACCCGGCCGACCCCCUCAAGAGCUACGUGCCGUCGUACGACCCGUCCAGCCCGCAGAGCGGCCAGCCCAACAGCAGCAGCCAGGUGGUGGGCAAAGUCCCGGGCCACUUCACACCCGUCCUGGCCCCCUCCCCGCACCACGGCGCCGUGCGACCCGUCUCGCUGUCCAUGCCCGACACCAAGCCCAUCACCACAUCGACGGAAGGCUACUCGGCUCCCGGCACCCCGACGGCGAACCGCUUCGUAGGCCUGAGCGCCAGAGAUCCCGCCUUCCUCCACCAGCAACAGCUGAAGAAGUGUGACUGGAGCGUGACUCAAAACGGCAGGCAUUAUGGCCCCAGUGCCGUCGACGACACUUUGGGGAUUGCUUGGCAAAGUCCUGGUACCUGGGCGAGCUUAGUUCCAUUCCAAGUGUCGAACGGGACGCCGAUUCUGCCAACAAAUGUCCACCAGAACUACAGCAUAAGCAUCAUUGGUGAGCCGCUGGUCCCCGCCGAGACCGGGAACUGAGCCCAGAGGGUGGACGAGUUGUUUCUGAG